GAACUCGGAUGCACCGUCCACGGGCCGCAGCUUCUGUGGGCUGGGACACUGAGUAUUGCUUCCCCUACCGUCAGUAAUCCUGGCGUUUCGGUUCUCAAAAAUGCGACUUAAUCGAGAAGAAUGACUGCCAUUACUUGGUCUCCUGACUUCCAGGACUCUGGUCUCCCCUGGGACCCAAACCAGGCUGGGAAAUGCGGCCGCGCCUCCCUGGCGUCCACAGCCCUGGAUUUGCAAGAGACAGGUGGCGCUACAACUCAAGGCUGUGGGCUGUUUUCCAGGGCUGCCGCCAGUGAGCUGGAUGAACCUGUGGACCAGACAAACACACACUUCAAAAAAAAUUCCAGUAAUCUUCCUAUUCAUUCAUUCUGAGAACUACUUUUGGACAAAUCGAGAAGUGAUAUGGUAGCAAGAACGGGGAUGGGAGGAGGAACAAAAAAAGAGAAGCAAGUACUUGGCUCUGGAUCGCUCAACAACCGAGGGCCUCGGGUGUUAUUCCUCCUGCAGACAUGGUCCAGGAAUGUUCCCUCAAGACCAGGGCCUUCCUGCUUCUCUGCCUUCCAGGCUGUUUCGCUAUGAGCAUCCCCGGGAUCUUAAAUGGCACCGUGGAGGGGACGCUGGGGGUGAAGUGCAUGUACAGAGAAGGAGAGGAGGGUACAGGAAAUUCUUGUGCCGGGGGCCUGACCGGAGACACUGCGUCCGGGUCAUUGAAACGGCGCCUGGGGCAGGGCAGGAGGUGAGGCGAGGCCGAGUGACCCUGAAAGACAGCCCCUCGGAGCACAUGUUCCUCGUGGUCAUGAAGGAUCUGGAGGUGGGAGAUGCCGACACUUACUGGUGUGCGGUGGACAAAAAUGUCCCCCAGGUCCCAGUGGCAGUGACUGUUUUUCCAGGCUCAGGGACAGCAGCCGUGAGGACCACUGAGCUGUCGGCCAGCAUGGGAAGCCAGCCUCUGACUGGCCAUGUGUCCAGCCCUGGCCUUCCUGCUUGGCCCUUCCUGCUCUCUGCCUCCUUCCUGUUCGUGGCUUUGCUGAAGACGGUUCUCUUCCUGAGCUUCAGCUAUGCUGCCAUUUGGCUGGCCUGGAUUCAGCAUCACCUCUGAGGGUGGUGGUCAGCCCAGGCCAGAGAACCCGCGGCUACCAUCCCAGAGGCUCCCUGUCUGGUGACACUGCUCCUGGACUGUCUGCUCCCAGCUCAACCUGGACCCAUCCCUGGGAUGUGAAACUGGAAAUAAGCUGGUCCCCCUGGAGACUUCUGUGCCCGGGAGCUGAGUCGCCAUCCCCAGAUCCUGGCGCGGUGGACCUGGUGCUCCAAGCUCUGGACUUGGACGGAAGUGCAUUCAAACCAGUGGUGCCACUUUCUUACCCUGUGAUGCAGGAGAGUUUAUUUUGAUGGCUCAUCGUCUGCUUCUCAGAUUGGUGUAUAAUUGAGCUAAGACACAGAGAGCACUGGCCACACAGGAGGAGCUCCCACCUGGAGCUUCCAGGACAGUUGCUGGUGUGCGCCCAGGGCAGCAGAGAUGGGGUGGGCAGGUGAGGGGCCAGGGUGGCAUGAUCCAAGCCUCCUGGGACUCCUGCUCGUCUCCGGGCACAGUGCGGGGCGGUGGGCUUAGCUCCUGAGGGCCAAGCCCAUGUCUAUCUGAACACACAAUGCCCAACGCACACUUGGUAAUGGGUGAAGGGGAUGAAGAAUGGAGGCUGAGCCUCAGAGGGCAGCUGGGGGCUCCACUCCCAUACGCAGUACAUGCUGGGAGGAAGGUUUCUUUGUGACAAGUUACAAAGAGAUGGGCUCAGCUCUUUGAGGGGCAGUGGCCAGGCAUGGAGGAAGCCAGAUCCAGACCCAACCCUCCUCCCCGCCCUUGUCCCUCUAUCCUCCACGCUCAGCGACCUCCGCCCUGGUGGGGAGUUCCUUUCUCCCUCUUAAGCUUCCGCCUUUGUGCCUUGGGUACAGAAGUGACAUCUCCUCUGUUCCUCUUCUUGGCCCCACCGCAUCCCCUGGAUUUGUGUGGUCUCUGGAAGAAUCACACACGCCUUCUGUAUCUUCAUCCAGGCUGCUGGUAAACAUUCAGAAAGGGACCCCCAUCGGACUUAAGAUGAAGUGAGUGAGCGUGAAGCGCUAGGCUCAGUCUAGUGAUUUGCUUCUAAGGAAUAGGCGGCUGCGUCUGCCGUUAGGGUGCAGAAAGAUUCUGGCUUCGGUCUCGCUGGCUUUCACUUCUUUGCUGUGAUGGAAGACAGAUGCCAUGCUCUGAGCUGCCCUGUGCAGGUGCCCGCAUGGCAAGGAACUGAGAGAGGCUUCUGCCUAAGAGCCCGAACAGCCCUGAGUUCCAUGGGUCUGUGAACAACUGAAUCCUGCCAACAACCACAAGAAGAAGCUGAGAAACGGACGCACCCUCGGUGGAGCCUUGAACUGAGACCUCAGCCCCUACGGACGCUGACUGCAGCCUUGGGAUUAACCAGUAGGCAGAGGCGUGCACUCAACUGCCUUGAGAUUCCUGGGCGAUAAUAAAUAUUCAUUGUUUCACGCUAGGCUUUGGGGGGAAUUGUUAUAUAGCAACAGGUAGUUUUAUUCUGCUCCAGAGCAGGAAUGGGGUUUCUAACCUCAUUUUACCCUCCGCCUCCUCAGGGUCUGUCACAGCGAUGACACACAAGGAGCACAGGUGUUGGUCAAAGUGAAGCAGGUUGAAGUCACUGGUGAAUCUGGGAUAACGCCGCCUGGGCGUGAGGUGGCGGUGGGGAGGGGGUGAUCACGUGCCCCUGUUUGACAUAGUAGGUCUCUCUCAUUGAGUUCUUGCUUGGCUCUAGGAGUGCCUGGAGCCAUGGCAAUGACUCUUAGCCAGAGUCUGAGGCCUGGACUCCGGGAAUGUCCCCGUAGGCACUGAUCUGUGAUGCUGUUGUGUGCAUCUGAGGCAGUGGGUCAGGACAGAGCAGGUUGUCAGUAUCCUUUCAUGCCAGCAGGAAGGUUCAUGCACCAGGCACUUGGCGCCUGGUUUGUAGCUAUUUGAUCAGUCCCCUUUAGAACUCCUGACUCUAGGAGUUCCCGCUGUGGCGCGAUGGGGUCAGCAGUGUCUCUGCAGCGCCAGGAUGCAGGUUUGAUCCCCGGCCCGACACAGUGGGUUAAAGGAUCUGCGUUGCCGCAUCUGUAGCAUAGGUCGAAACUGCGGCUUGGAUCUGAUCCCUGGCCUGGGAACUCCAUAUGCCUCGGGGCAGCCAAAAAAAUAAAAAAAGAACUUCUGACUCCAAACUCCAGCGAGCUUCGCUGGGGCGGAGACAGCCCACCCACCCCACCCACCCUCCCCCGACCCCGCCGUGUCUCUGUGGCUUGCAGAGAAAGGCAGGUUUGUGAAACUCCUGCAGGAGAGGGAGGGUGAUGGGAAGCCCCCCACCUGUCUCGCCCUUGCUCACAGGUACCCCUCCCGCCCUCCCUGCACUGUGUCCUUUGCUGAAAUAAACCUUCGCCAGGAUGAUAACCCAGGAUGAUUAAGUUGUGUGAAUCCUUCCAGUGAAUCACCAAACUAGUGGGGGGUCAUGGGACCCUUGGAACAGAGCGAAGUAGUGUUUAGAAUGUAAAAGGGGUGCUCGUUGCUGUAAGGAAAAGGCAGUAGGCUCCGUUCCCCACCCUGGAUCCACUGUUUGGCAGACUAAUCCCCCCUUAAAGGGGCAUCGUAAUCCCAGAACCUUUGAAUAUUUAACCUUCUGUAGCAAAAAGGACUUGGCUGAUGUGAUUGAUUUGUGGUGGGGAGAUUAUUCUGGAUUAGCUGGUGGGCCUGAUGUCAUCAAGGUGCUUCUAACACAGAGGCAGGAGGCUUAGGGUCAGAGAAGGGGAGGUGAUGGUGGAAGCAGAGGUGCGGGUGAUGAGGGGCCUCAGCAAACGCUGGACGCCUCUAGGGAGGAAAAAGGCAAGGAUGCUGAUUUGGUACUUCCGACAUCCAGAACCAUAAGAGGGGUGUAGGGCCCUGCUCCUCUCUGUGUGACGCUAAAGAGACCAUCCUGGUCUAAGACGCUUUGAGCUGUGGGGUGUAAUCCUUGGUCAUAGCGAGACGAGAAACCACCCCCCAGGGACCUGCAGUGGUGACAGUGGGCAGGGACAGAGCUGGGGAAAGUCACACGGCCGAGAACCAAGGACAGUGGGGGAUCCAGCGGGAAAGGGCCUCCUGGGGCUGAGGUUGGGUCUGGUAGUUGGUGGGCCCCCUCGAAGGUGGAGUGGGUAGGGGACAAGGUGUCAUCAAAUUCCCCCUUGUGGCUGCGGUUUGGGGUCAUUUUCCUUUUUAGCAGGAUCUUCCCCUUUCCUGACGACUUGGAAGCUUAAAAUGAAGAAACAGCCAAGGAAGGAAGCAGAUAACAGAAAACAUGGGCAGGAAGUGAGAGUAUGGGGCCCGGAAUGCCUCGGUGAGAGGUCAGAAGACAAGGAUCUGAUGUUCUGCAUUUUACUGGAAUCUGGAGCCAGGGAGACAGGACCCGGGUCCGAGAGCAGCUCUGCCCCUUCUCUACCUCCAGGCUCCUCUCCUGUCACAGGUCCGAAAGCAGUGAGGGGCCAGGAGCGGGGCUCCCUGGCUGUGCAGUGUCGAUACACUCCUGGGUGGGAGUCCCACGGGAAGUGGUGGUGCCGAGGAGCCGACUGGGGCAGCUGCAAGAUCCUUGUUCAAACCACUGCAUCAGAGCCGGAGGUGAAGAGGGACCGUGUGUCCAUCAGGGACAAUCGGGAAAACCGCACAUUCACCGUGACCACAGAGCAGCUCAGGCUGGACGAUGCAGACGUUUACUGGUGUGGGAUUGCGAGAGUCGGGACUGACCACGGGGCCCAAGUUAGGGUGACUGUUGACCCAGGUAAGAGCAUGUGUGUGUGUGGAUGUGUCUCUCAGGGCCUGCUCUGUCCUGGUCCCCGAGGUCCCUCUCCAGGGACCUCGCUGUCCCUCAGAGGGAACUGUCCCAGUUCCUGUUCCCUGAGCAAGGGACCGCUCACUGCCACGAUGGUCCAGAGUGGGAGAACUACGUGAAGGGGUCGUGUCGAGAUGCUGCCUGGAAUAGCUGCAUCGUCCUCGUUCAAACCACUGGAUCAAAGCCGGAGGAGACGAAGCCCCGCGCAUACAUCAACCGGAACAAACACGUGUCUUGACCCAAGAGACAACUUUUGAGAAACUCAGUUUCGUCCUUCUGACUUGCUUCCUGGGCAUUUUACAGUAAGAUAACCCUACUCACAGCCAGAGCCUGGACAUUUCGAUAAAAACUUGAAUUUAAGAUUCCCGCCUUAAGUUCCUGCUUUGCUUUUCCCAGGGUACCUUGUAAAAUAAACACUUAGAGUUAAGGCUGCAAAAAAUUAGUGACCCGUGCCCUAACCACCUUCUGAGGAACAGGUGCUUGCUACCCGGCUCUCUGUUUCCUGCCGACUCACGACCUGCAACGGAGGAAGACGGCCCUUCCCCUGCCUCGUUGCCACCAUGCCCCUCCCGCCUUCCCAACCCUGCUUCUGAGAUGGGUAAUAAGUCAUUUGACGCUACUUCCUUUGUGGGGGUGUAUUCAAGCUGUGCCUUCAACCAAAAGGACCUCAUGGGUUUCACAGUCAAGUGGGACUCUGGAUGCUGAGGCUCAGCUACCUUGUUUACCCUGUGGGAGUAGCUUGCGCCUCCAAAUUCAGCAGGUCAUAAUCUGCGUAUUCUUUUUUUGUUUUUAUUGUUUUUGGUCUUCAAACUUUUG